GAGGCGGUGUACCCGCUGGCCGCAUAGACCUAUGGCAUAGACGAUAUAAACGCUGUAUGGCUGGCCGUGUCAUGGGAAGGAAGAACGUACGCAAGAAAUGUAUCUUUGAGCAACUCGUGGUUGUGGCCUAGUAUCUCGCUGUUUUGUCAUUUGUAACAAAGCGAUUUACGAGUCAGUCUGUUGAAUUUAGGAGCCAUAACAAUCGAUAUAUUUCCGGAAUAGUUUCGCUCAACAAGGCAUGCAUAAAUUAAGUGUGACCAUGUUGCUGGCUUGCUAGCUAGCUAGGGUAUCGAUGUAUGCUUUAGAUAAUAUUUGAGCUUGACUGACUGCCUCACUAGAUUGGCUAAAUCUGCUGCAAAGUACCUCUAUAGCUUUAUCUUGUGUCCUUUUCAAGUAGGUAGUUUUGACAUACUGGCCAAAUGAUGCAGCAAGCUAACUAAAGCUUUCUGCUGAAAUCAUUUGUUCAUUCCGUUAGCCAAUGAAAUGGGGUAUGCUGACAAUAUGUCGGAAUCUGUCAGUUAUGAACGACUGGUGUUCAAAAAUGCAUCAGUUUACCACUAUAUGAAGAUUUACUUAAUAUUGGACAGUGACGACAGAAAGUUCAACGCAGCUCAUUUCAAGCAAAUUGUCAUCUCUGCACUUAGGGAUUUGUACGGAGAGAUUGGAGCUGCAUUUCCUUUCGAUGUUCUAAAAUUUGAGGAAGAUACACUCACAGCAGUGCUUCGGGUUUACAACAGUGGCUUGGUGAAGCUGUGGAGUGCCCUGACACUGCUUGGAUCCUACCAUAGUGAACCAUGUGCUGUCCGUGUUGUACAGGUUUCACCCUUUCUGCUAGCUUUAUCUGGAAACAGCAGAGAACUGGAGCUGGACUGAUCUCUUUUUUGUCUCGGCAGAGGAGGGGCACACAGCCCAUUACUGUAAACGAAAGUGACCUGCCAUUUUGACAGGUCAACUGCACAAGCUGUUUUGCUGAUGUCUGAUUGGCUGAAAAGUAUCUACAAUCACACUUUUUUUUCAGUCAUUCGGGCAUCAGCCCAACAGCUUGUGCAGUUGACCUGUCAAAAUGGCAGGUCAAUUUCUUUUACAGUAAUGGGUUGUUUGCCUCAUGCUGACAAAGGCUUUUGGAGGGACACUGCUGCCUGUUUAGAGCCCACAAGAGCGUGACCCCGCUCAUCCACAUCCACCCUAGCUACUCUAAAGAGGGCCUCUCUAAAAACCCCAUUGUUCAGCUGCUGCUGAUUGAUGGGCUUAUCUCCGCUGUCCUAGGGACCCUGGCAGAGGGAGAAUACCCCUCUCAGGAAAUGUGUUUUCCUGAACUUUUGUACGUAGGGAAGAUGGUGUCGGCAGAAGAGAAGUUUUGCUUUGCCUUCAUUCCGUUUCCUGUUACUGACAGAGCUUUACUGGAGGAGGAUAUUGUGGUCAUGUCACGAGAGGUCAAGCAUCCAGUACAGUGUAAGAAGUUGGUAACAUCUUUGAGUGAUCUCCAUAAUGAGCAGCUUAAGAAAUGUCUAUAUUUAAUUCUUCAUUAUUGGAAGCACAACCUUUUUCCUUACGGGUUUGAUGCAGUGAUUAACUUUUGUUCUGAUUUUUUUUUUUUAAUUGGUGCUUUUGUUCCUAGAUUUGAUUAAAACGAGAACCUUGCAAACGGUAUCAGUUUUGUCUUCUGACCUCUAGUGUAUAAUAAUGAAAAUAACUGAUUGUUGAGAGCAGUGGUUUACGGUCCAAAUUCCUCCUCUGAUACUGAAACUGUAUUCCAGAUUGUCACCAAAAUAAAUAUUAAACACCUGCUGUAGAUUAUGUUCAAAGUUGUGGAUUACUUUUUCAGUACGUUUCCCAAACAAUGAAUGAACAUUAUCAAUUGUGUGGGAGGGGGGAGGGGGGAGGGGGGGGGCUUGGACAUCAUUUUAUUAACUACCAAAAUGAAAGAAACGCCAACCACUGCACUUCUCUCUGUAAGGUUGUAUUGAUGAAACUCCCUACUCACACACUAGAUUUAUACUAGCAGUCGGCUGAUUCUGAGUUGCCUGUCUGUUUUGUCUUGAAACUUGAACAAUGCCUGAGCGAGGAGUCUGUGCUUUCAACCACAGUUACCCCUGUUGAUGAUAUCUUUCCUUCAGUCUUCCAACAUCACCUUAGCCACUGUUCCUCAGCAGUUUGAACAUAUUUUGUCAUUGAAGCUCCUGCCAAACAUACCCCAACAUCUGCCCUUGCUUCAAAAUCACUGCAAUCUUUUCUAGCCAUUGUAGCCAAAAUAUUGGCCAGCUGGCCCUACCAAUAAUUUUUUAUACACAACUGUGAGCGUGCUGGGAUGUUAUUAACUUAUUUAACUCUGGAACUGCACCUGUUUUCUGUAUACUUUGUGUAUUCCUUGUUUACUCAAAUGUUUAUUUUGUCAUCUGCCUGCAGGCAAAACUGAACUUGUUUAACCGGAAAACACUUUGCAUCAGUUGUGUAAAAUGCUUUCAACCUGAGCGCCCAGUGGAAUGUUUUAAUUAAUCAAGUAAGUGUUGAAUAACAAGAACAACAUGAAGGUCUGAACACCCAUGCUGCUCUCCAGGGGCUAGCGUGUACAGCACUGCUAAGGGCUAAUAAAAAGCAUUUUCCGUUGCAUCUUUGGUCCACUAAUAUUGUAGGGAUUACAAAGUUAUGCUUGUGUGUAUCCUCACUUUUUACUGUAUUUUGCAGUUUUUAGUUAGAUCAGGGAUCCCCAGCCUUGGUCCUUGAGAUACACAUGGUUUACUUUUGUAACUUUUAAUUAAAGCAUUUUGUUACACAAUU